UCACUCAUGCUGAAACAGUAAUCAUUUUGCCGUAAUGCAUGGCUGACUAAAUGUAUUCUUACUUUUGAAUAUUAUCAGCAAUGUAUGCACACUAUUAUAAAAUUUUCAAAACUUUAACUUAAUUUUAUCUAAUCAUUUAUAAAUUAAAGAAUAUCUUUGACGUAAACUUUUUUCUGCAGGAAUUUUCUUAAUCAAGGAACAUUUAAUUAACAGUGUCAGCAUAGAUGAACUGUCUUCUAUUUGGGAAAUAGUUUCAAUCGAUCAUCAAUGAACAAAAAAAAAAAAUAAUCGUCAUAUACCUGACUUGGUGCAAUUUAUAAUUUAGAAUGCAGAAAAAAAUCAUCAUACGCUAUAAAAAGCAUUUAUGUUGCUUUAUGUUUUUCUUAUUCUUCGUCCGAUAUAUUACAAACAGACAGAAGGAGAAGGAAUACGUUCAGCUGAACUAUAUCUAUAAAAACGUGAGUGAUUUUAUUAAUGAAAUACGAUUGACUCGGAAAACUUCGAUGUUGUCAUUAAAUAAUCUAACUUCGUCUUACAGACUCCUUAAAAAUCCGCUUCAGACUAAAUGUAAACCGACCUUAUGUCGAUUCGUUGAUAUUAUAUACCUAGUCAAAUCUUCUGUUGAAAACAUAAGUCAGAGAAUGGCAAUCCGUGAAACAUGGGGAAAUGAAACAUCCAUACGUAUUGUAACAGUUUUUAUCAUUGGAUAUAGUGAAUCGUUUCAGUUAUUUAUAGAUUUAGAAUCUAAUAUUUAUGAUGAUAUUCUACAGUUCGAUAUGCAAGAUAUAUACAAUAAUCUGGUGUAUAAAACAGUUUUCUCGAUUGCCUGGUUAUGUGAUAUGAAUAUUCAGACAAAAUUCAUUCAUUUCGUGGAUGAUGAUCGGCUUGUCAACUCACAAAACUUAUUGAACAUGGCUUUAAAACGUUUAACUGCAUUCGAAAUGAAAAUGAUAGGAUUUAAAGUUACACACGCAAAACCGUUUCGUAAGAGGUCUUCGAAAUGGUAUAUCUCUGUAGAUGAAUAUGAGUUCAAUUUUUGGCCACCGUAUUUAAUAGGAGGAACAGCAAUUACAAACAUGAUGGUUAUAAAAGCACUAAAUGACGGUAUCAAGUAUUCAAAAGUUAUUAGAAUUGAAGAUGCAUAUAUUGGUAUACUAGCAAAUAUGCUUAAUAUUUCACUGGAACAUAAUGAAGGGUUCUUGCCAGUGUUUGCUCCUGGACAUGAACUUUUAAAAAAGAUAUCCAGCCCUGAUUAUAAAAGUUACGAUAUGUUGAUCAAGGAAUGGAAGGCUAUGACGUUAAGUCUCUAUUUUUAAAUGAAACAAUCAAAGAUCCAUUAUUGACUUUAAAUUGUCAACAGUUACCUUCAUCUCAUAAAAUUGAUAUCUUGUAUAAACAAUAUUUCCUUUAUCUUUAGACUUACUGUGCUAUGUAAUCUACACACGUUGUAAAAAACAACAGAUUGAAGAAAAAGAUUAUUCAGAAAUCAUGAAAAAAAAAAUAAUCAUAGAUACCUGGAUUAAAAUUUUGUUCGGAUGACGCGGGUUUCGUCUACAAAAGAGGGACGAAAGAUACCAGAGGGACAGUCAAACUCAUAGAUCGAAAACAAACUGACAACGCCAUGGCCAAAAAUAAAAAGACAAACAAACAAAUAAUAGUACAGAUGACACAACAUAGAAAAACUAAAGACUAAGCAACACGAACCCCACCAACAACUGGGAGUGAUCUCAGGUGCUCCGGAAGGGUAAGCAGAUCCUGCUCCACAUGUGGCACCUGUCGUGUUGCUUAUGUUAUAACAAAUCUGGUAAUCAUGUAGGUCACAUUCGUGAAAAGGGAAGGGUAUUGUAGUUAAGACAUAAGAAACAUAUCUGAUAUCAUCUGUGAAAUGGUUAUUCAAUAACGGUCAACCAACUCGCGAUGGCGUCCGUAAAAUUUACGAAGGGAUGAUUUCAACUUCACCAUUUGGAACUCUUGGUUUUAUAACUUCCUAUAGCAAUCCUCUAUCAAGGAAAUAAUGAUAGAAUAAAAACAAGCCCGGGAAUAUCGUAUCAAUUCGGAGAUACAUACUCCGUAUGCAGGCGCUGCUGGAAUGAUGCUACAUAGAAACGGAAAAUUCACAAUUGGGAAGCUGAAAUCAUCUCUUUUGUCGUAAAGUUUUGUUUUCAACCGACCCGCAUUGUCAAUUUCUAGAUGUAAGUCAAGAUAUGAGGCAGACUUAACUGUAUCUUUAGUAUCCUUUAUUUUUUAUUUAUGGGAUAGAUUCGUUCAACAUAGUUACCAAAUUUUGUAUUAUUUAGUGAGAGAACAUCAUCUAUAUAGCGGAACGUAAAGUUGAAGGAUAUUGCUAACUUCUUAUCUUUCUUCCUAAGAAGUUCCUGUAUGAAGUCAGCCUCAUAAUAAUAAAAAAACAAGUCGGCAAGAAGAGGGGCACAAUUGGUUCCCAUUGGAAUUCCGACAGUGUUGAAAAACACGCCCUCCAAACGUAACAAAUAUGUUGUCAUUCAAGAAAUCAAGCAUCUUGAUAAUGUCAGUUUCAGAGAAUUUUUUGUUUGAAUCAGAGUGAUUCUUUACAAAGUAGAAUUUAUCCCUCCCAAAGACAAGAUAUCUACGUUCGCCAUUCUUUUUAAUGAAACAAAGUAAUACCAACUCUUUCAAUUUGUCUUUUAGUUUGGAAUGGGGAAUACUUGUGUAAAGUGUAGAAAAGUCAAAUGUUUAAUACUAUUGCAAGAUGAGAGUGUCUUAGAUUGUAUGUACUCUAAAAGAUCUUUGGAAUUUUCAGUAUCCACAUCUGAUUCACGCAACCUCUAGAAUAGGCAGUUUAACAAUAACUUUGGAGCCUGGCUUUGAUUGCUGAUAAAAUAGAUGUUAAUAAUUUAGAAAGAGGUUUCGUGGAGCACUUGGAAGACCCAGCAAUAUACCGUUGUUUGUAAGGACACUUAUGUAGUUUAGGUAUCCAAUACAGUGAUGGAAGAUUUGGUUGAAAUUCCAAAGGAAGAUAAAACAGACCUAUGAUUAUCUAGGAUUUCCUCUUUGGUAAGCGUCGUGAGGGUAUAUGUUGAGUUUCCCAAUGAAUUGUCAAUAACUUAUUCAUUUAUCAAGCAGUUUAUGUAAUGAUAUUUACACACAAAAAAGAUGUUGUUUGGGGCUUUAUCUGCGGGGACAACAACAUAUUUGUCAUGAAGGUAGGACAAGUAUUUUGCAACUUUUGGGUCUUUAAAAAUUGAGGUAAUGUGGGUUGACCCAUUUAGUGUCUUAAUUCGGAUUUGUAUCAACGACCUCACAGCCUUAAUCCAUUCGGAAAGAGUAUCUACGUCUUCUUUCUUAAUAUUUUGAAGUUGUAUUUCCAAUUGAUGGAUUUAGGCUCACGAUAUUUCGGACCUUUUGAUAACAAAUUUCGUAGGGAAGUGUUAUUGACAAUGUUGAAGUCUCUGGUGAUAACGUGGCCAGCCGGAUUAUAUGUGAAUUGGGAACUAGCACAGGUGCAAUCAGGAGGUUUAGACUUGAAGUCGUCAAUGUUGAGAUCCUGCAAAACGUGUUUGUAAUUGAAAAUUUUAGUUGCAAUUGGUUUGGUAUAGGUAUAAGAAAUUAUUGGUACAGACUGAUCUUUAAAAUAAGGAGGUAUUUUCGACUGAACUAAUUUAUGAUGAAGGAUAUUGCCUAAGUUGACGCCAUCGAGCCAAAAGACAUAUGUUUGUGAGUGACUUAGUGCAGUUAAUACACCAAUAAAUUCCUCUAAAAAGUAGUUUAAUCCUUAUAAUUCUCUAAAAUUGGAGAUAAGAAAUUUGAUUUCUCCACUCGUAACUUCUUUCACACGUAAAUUGUGAAUUUGUGGCAUUGAGUUGACCUGGCGCAUGAAUAUAUUUUUUGGUUUACUUUGCUAUCUGAAAAAAUAAACUAAAAAAAUAUCUGAUUUUCUUUCAAAUAGAUGUUUUGUAUUUAUUAUUUAAUUUGACGAUGCACGCGAAGUAAAAAUAAAUAUUUUUAACGUCGA